CAGCCCUUAUCGCGCACCAAGACUCGGUACCAAAUGUUACCGUAGGUCCCGCACAUACACGCUGAUCACGUGAUUUUUACGUCGCAGACCAGCGAACUGCAGCUUCCAGACUGGCGGCGGAGUGUUUUUCAAGAGCCACCGGAAGCGGUGCAUUUAAUCGUGAAGUUCCUUUGCUUCCGCAGCUUAAAGUGCGGACUAACCUGGCCUGUCUGAAGCAAUAAACAUGGCGUCUAUAUGGGAUGAAACGGAGGCAGAUGGGUUGGGAGAAGAUGUCCUCAAAAUGUCCACUGAAGAGAUUAUCCAGAGAACUCGGCUGCUGGACAGUGAAAUCAAAAUCAUGAAGAGUGAGGUUUUGAGAGUUACGCAUGAGCUGCAAGCAAUGAGAGACAAAAUUAAAGAAAACAGUGAAAAAAUCAAAGUGAAUAAAACCCUCCCGUACCUGGUGUCCAAUGUCAUAGAGCUCCUGGAUGUUGAUCCUAAUGAUCAGGAAGAGGAUGGAGCCAACAUUGAUUUAGACUCUCAGAGAAAGGGAAAGUGUGCUGUGAUCAAAACCUCAACGCGACAGACCUACUUCUUGCCAGUCAUUGGUUUAGUCGAUGCAGAGAAACUAAAGCCUGGAGAUCUUGUGGGAGUUAACAAAGAUUCUUACCUCAUUUUGGAGACCCUUCCUACAGAAUAUGAUUCCCGUGUAAAGGCCAUGGAAGUGGACGAAAGGCCCACCGAGCAAUACAGUGACAUAGGCGGUCUGGAUAAACAGAUCCAGGAGCUUGUCGAGGCCAUUGUACUGCCUAUGAACCACAAGGAGAAGUUUGAGAACUUAGGAAUCCAGCCCCCUAAAGGUGUCCUUAUGUACGGCCCCCCUGGAACUGGAAAGACUCUGCUGGCUAGGGCAUGUGCAGCGCAGACUAAGGCAACCUUUCUGAAGCUGGCUGGCCCACAGCUGGUACAGAUGUUUAUUGGAGACGGUGCCAAACUUGUGCGAGAUGCUUUCUCUCUAGCCAAGGAGAAAGCACCUUCUAUCAUUUUCAUUGAUGAACUUGAUGCUAUUGGCACAAAAAGGUUUGACAGUGAGAAAGCAGGAGACAGGGAAGUACAAAGAACAAUGCUUGAGCUUCUUAAUCAGCUUGAUGGAUUUCAGCCAACCACACAAGUCAAGGUGAUUGCUGCUACUAAUCGUGUAGAUAUCCUGGAUCCGGCGCUUCUGCGUUCUGGGCGGUUAGAUCGGAAGAUUGAAUUCCCCAUGCCCAAUGAAGAGGCCAGAGCACGUAUCAUGCAGAUACAUUCCCGUAAGAUGAAUGUCAGCCCUGACGUGAAUUACGAGGAGCUUGCUCGUUGUACCGACGAUUUCAAUGGCGCACAGUGCAAAGCAGUUUGCGUGGAAGCCGGAAUGAUUGCUCUGCGCAGAGGAGCCACUGAAUUAACGCAUGAAGAUUAUAUGGAGGGCAUCUUAGAAGUCCAGGCCAAGAAAAAAGCCAAUUUACAGUACUAUGCAUAGAGCACAGGUGGGAAAUCUUUGGGAGGAUUGUUGAACCUAGACUGUUUAUGUUACAGGAAGAAAUAAACCAGACCUUUAACUAAACCAAAUCUCUGACAGUGACAUCUUUGAUCCCAAUUUCAUGUUAUGCCAGUCAUUAAUCUAACCCUGAAGUUCAGUGGCAAGUGUUGAUUCCAAGGAGCUUGUAUAAAGAUUAUACCUGUUGCAGGAAAAUGCUUGUGGCCGUUAAUUGUAUAUAUUCUAAGCAUGUGCCGUCUGGUUUAGAAAAGUCAAUAUACUGUUUCUUUUAUUGAAUUACCCUGAAAUAUACGAGGGUUGAUUUUUACGCUUGUGUUUGUGUUUUGUGUCCUGGAGCAUGCUGUGGUUCCUUUUGCAAGUAAAACCUAUAUGUAAAUGCAAACGAAUAUAAAAUCUUACAUCUGCCUUGAAAACCCAAAUACCUUUUAUGUACAAGCUUUAAGUUUGCCAGAUGCAGUAUACCACGCAUUUCAGACGAUGUAAGGGUUUCAAAGCUACUGUUAUAGAGUCCUGCAGUGGGUCAGGUACCCGCAAAAAAAGUGGGUAUAGAUACGGGUCUCUUUUUAUAUAUUUUACUCAUUUUAAAAUGUUUCAAAACUUUCUUUCUGUCUCCGCCCACUUAUGAUGAUGCCACUUCCGGUUUGCAGUACCAGCACUUCCUGUUUAAUGGUGGUCGGCAGGUUGCGGAUCGGGUUGCGGAUAAGGCAGUUGCGGGCCAGGGUCAGGUAGCAAGUCCAAGUGGGUAAACGGUUUGCGGUUCGGGCUGCGGAUUCGGGUUUGAAAAAUUGGUUCCACUCAGGACUCUCUACUGUUGGUCGCACUUUAAUCUACCCAAAGACUGUUGUAGCAACAACAAGCACCUAAGAACUGAACUAAGGUAGCCUGAAAAAUAAAAUAAAUGACUUUUUCUGUACCACCUUAGCAUAAUAGGGGAGGAUUUGAAUUAUACAAAUAUGUAUAUUGUUGCAGAUUCCUGUGUAUACUUUUUGUUUUUUACCCAAAACUUCCAUGUUAUUAAAAUACAUUUCUCUCAUAUCUCUAAAGGGCGAAGUGAGUAACGAUAGCGAAAAAUCACCAGCGUGGUGUAAUUUCGGAACUUCGCCAAUUUCCUAACGGGCGCAGGCGUCACUUCGCUAGCGAAGGAGAGAGAGACUAGCUUGCUUCACACUCUAAUGCCAGGCGAAUUUUCGCUCUGGCGAACAGACGUAACUCCGCAAAUUCACUAAGAUGCGGAUUUUACUGAAUGUUACCUCAUUCGCCAGACUAGCCUUCACCAGCUGAGACCAGGCGAAGUGCAUUGGAGUGCAUAGAACUUCCUCAAUUUUUAGUCCCAAAAAACGCUGGCGUCUUUUCCUUUUUUUCAGAGUGAUAACCUGCAAAGGUCCCUCCUUUUUCUAACAUAUGGAACAUAAACUAUACACUGGACUCAUGUGUAGGGCAUUAUAAGAACUCUAUUUUAUUUUAUUAAUAUUCCCUGGGUUUGUGUAAUGUAAUGUAUUUGCUUAAACAUAUAUAUGUGUAUCCCUUCUAAAGUGUAUCAUUUUGACCAUAAAUAAGCAGAUUCAGUCUA